UCCCGGCGGCGGAAGUGACGCCAUGAAGGCAGCCACGGCUUCCGGUGCGCAGGCCACAGUGGCCCGGCUAGAGAUGGAGGAGCCCGCGGGGAGCUGAUUUUUCUCCCCUCUCCCGAGCCUCCGGCAGCGCCUCCCGCUUCACCCCCUGGCCCCGCUGGAGUUGCUUCUAUCGCCCGGGACUUCGGCGGCUUCGGCCUCCGCCUCGUCCUACCCGCAUCGUGGGAAUCCGAAAAGUCAGAUGAAGUCAAAAGAGUGGUAAAGUGUGGCGGAGAAAGGAACAGACAUUGUUCUCCUGCUCUGCAGUUUGGCAGAGCCUUAAGAUGUCUGUGGACAUGAACAGCCAGGGCUCCGACAGCAAUGAAGAGGACUAUGAUCCGAACUGUGAGGAGGAGGAAGAAGAAGACGAAGAUCCUGGGGACAUUGAGGAUUAUUAUGUGGGGGUGGCAAACGAUGUGGAGCAACAGGGGGCUGAUGCCUUUGAUCCUGAGGAAUAUCUGUUCACCUGCUUGACUUACAAGGAGUCCGAGAGUACCCUGAAUGAGCACAUGGUCAGCUUGGCCUCUGCGGUAAAGGUAUCUCAUGCAGUUGCUAAGCUUGUAUUAGUUAGCUUCCACUGGCAAAUCUCAGAAAUUUUGGAAAGGCACAAGUCCAAUUCUGCCCAGUUGCUAGUGGAAGCACGAGUUCAGCCUGCCUCACUGAAACACGUCAUGGUACAUUCCUCCCAGCACUGUGCAGUAUGUAUGCAGUUUGUCCGAAAGGAGAACUUACUGUCUCUGGCUUGUCAGCAUCAGUUCUGCCGCAGCUGUUGGGAGCAGCACUGUACAGUACUCGUCAAAGAUGGAGUCGGAGUUGGCAUCUCCUGCAUGGCUCAGGACUGUCUGCUCCGGACGCCAGAAGAUUUUGUGUUUCCACUGCUACCUAGCGAGGAGCUGAAAGACAAAUACAGACGCUACCUCUUCAGGGAUUACAUUGAGAGCCAUUUCCAGCUGCAGCUCUGUCCUGGUGCAGACUGCCCGAUGGUCAUACAGGUACAGGAGCCCAAAGCCCGCAGAGUACAGUGCAAUCGAUGCAAUGAAGUUUUCUGUUUCAAGUGUCGGCAGAUGUACCAUGCUCCCACGGACUGUGCCACCAUCCGAAAAUGGCUCACCAAGUGUGCAGAUGACUCUGAAACGGCUAACUACAUCAGCGCUCACACUAAAGAUUGUCCCAAGUGCAAUAUCUGUAUUGAAAAGAACGGUGGCUGUAAUCACAUGCAAUGUUCUAAAUGCAAACAUGACUUCUGCUGGAUGUGUCUGGGGGACUGGAAGACCCAUGGCAGCGAAUACUACGAAUGCAGUCGGUACAAAGAGAAUCCUGAUAUUGUAAACCAGAGUCAGCAAGCACAGGCCAGAGAGGCCCUUAAGAAGUACUUGUUCUAUUUUGAGAGGUGGGAAAACCACAACAAGAGCUUACAGUUGGAGGCCCAGACGUACCAGCGAAUUCAAGAGAAAAUACAAGAACGGGUGAUGAACAACUUGGGAACGUGGAUAGACUGGCAGUAUCUACAGAAUGCAGCAAAGCUACUUGCAAAGUGUCGUUACACGCUACAGUACACAUAUCCAUAUGCCUAUUAUAUGGAAUCUGGUCCCAGGAAGAAAUUGUUUGAAUACCAACAAGCUCAGCUGGAAGCUGAAAUAGAAAAUCUGUCAUGGAAAGUGGAGAGAGCCGACAGUUAUGACAGAGGGGACUUGGAGAAUCAGAUGCACAUAGCUGAGCAGAGGAGGAGGACCCUGCUGAAAGACUUCCAUGACACAUAAAGUAGCAGGAGGCAUCAAGGCGCGGGGGUGAGAGCAGAGAGAGCAAACUGGUGGCAGGAGCAGUGACUGAAGCAGCGUGAGAAACUGGCUCUGCCCCCUCCACAGAGAAGGGCUGAGGACAGCACUGAACCCUCCCUCACAAACCAGACAUGAGCUAGCACCACAGCUUAGUUCUUCUGUUGUUGCUUCUUUUUUUUUCUUCUUCUUCUUCUCUUUCCGCUUUUUGUUUCUGCCAGGCUGGAGUUCAGACGUUGGCACCUUUUCCUGGGACAUUUUCUUCCCUGGUUCUUGGUUGUUCUGGGAGGGUUCUAAUAUUUCCCCUCCCGAAUGGCUGUUAAUAGUGUUAGAUCAUUACAAAUUUAUGUAAUUUUCGACAGUUGUACAAUUAUACAAAACGAACCCUAGAAUAACACAAAACCCUUUUUAAAAAUAAAUCGGAAUUGGAGUGUGUUUCCUUUUUGGUAAGCUGCUUGUGAAGUUAAUGGCUUUUCUUCUGUUCCCUUCCUCCAGUCAUCUUUUGCACUGGUGAUUAUGAGAUAAUCUGACUGGCUUUCUGUUAGCACCUCUUCUGUGUGCUGUUGGUAUUGCUUGUUUUGCGACUGCACGAGAAGAGCAGUACCUGGGCCAGAAGACCAAGGAUAAGCUUACAGUCAAGUGGCUCUCCUGUUCUUUUCUGGCUGUGCACAGGGACAGUCGAGCAAAGCUCAGGGGUGGGGGAAGCUCAGUUCUGCUAGUCCAUAUAUUCUCUUGCUAACCUAUAAAUCUGAGCUUGUCCUCUGCAUGGGUUUGUUGCUUGGCUUUUGUUUCUCUGGACUACUGUCCUCUGCUAAAAACUCAAAAUGCUGCAGGGGCUUUUGGCACCACAGUCUCUCUCCUUGAUGGCAUCAUGAACAGGCACUGGCUUUGCUUGAGAGCAGUAGGAACCAGCCAAGUUGCUUAUCUGGGCAAUUCAGUCACUUACAAACCUGAUCUUUUACAUGACUGUAAGGUGAUACAUCCAGUUUGGUCCCUCUUGCCCUGACAAGACCUGACUUCCCCACUGCUGCAUGAAGGGAAAGCUGUUACACUUAACAUGAUGCUUGAUUUUAAAAAAAUCUUGGCUGUAUAGGACAAAUCCUUAACAAAUAUGUGCCGGUGGUAAACUAACAUUGUUUCCCUGGAAACAACUACACCACUGGUUGUAAAGCAGGCAGCAGAUUUGGCAGCAGAAGGGUGUGCUUUGCUUAGUAUUAAGGUUUGUGGGUGGCCUGUUAUGGGAAGGACUCUUGAAUGUGUUUAAAUGUAAAAUUCCCUCUGGUUUAGCAAGAACCAUACAAUCACCAUACACAACCACCAUGCAAAAACUCUUAAGGGUAUGUAUAGUGUAUGGGCUAUAAUAUACCUAGGAAGAUGGAACUGCCAGCUUUCUCCUAGUGUUGCUAUGAUUGCUGGAUGUGAAUGAGAACAUCCGGUUUCCUUGCCACUUUCUGUGACCAUUGUUGCACUGAACACUUCUUUGUGCAUGGAUCAUGAACUUUCGGACUGGAUAAAAAGAAUUGACUAGGGUUAUUGUUCUGUGCUUCUUAGUGGAAACUUUUUUUUAAUCAAUGUUGGCUUUUGUCCUAGUUCUUAAGACAGCCUGUUCUGCCACCCUUCUCUUUCUUCAGCCGCUCCUACUACCUCAAGCACUCCAAGGGAAACGAUUAUGCCCAUUGUCUGCUUGUUCCUUUAAAUAAAUGGCCCCUGGAUGUAAACACACACAUAUCCAGCAGCCAAUUACUCAAAGAUUCAAGAAGACUGAAGGAAGAUAACUAGGCUAAAUGAUAAGUCCCUGGGAGAGAGAAUUCCCUCCCUGCCAGUUAUAUUCCUCUUGUUUCCCAUUGUUUACUCUUUCUGCCUUUCCAUUGGUCUCUUGUAGCUGCUGCAGCACAAUGACCUCAGCAGGCUUGCUCCUUUGAACCUAUCCUUGUCCCAUCACCCUGUAUAGAUCAGCCGCAAGGAAAAGAUCCUACAACUGUGUUCCCUUGGCUGUAGAUGUUUUCAGUUAUCUGAAUGAAGUCCACAUUUUGACCCUGACGAUAAACAGAACGACUAAGAGACAAUCUUUUAGCAGGUGCAAAAAGAGAUAGUUCAGUGUGUGUGAUGUUAAUUAAUAGGAUAUGUUAACAUUCAUUCCAUUAUUGGUUUGAUAAGAUGAGGUGCAUAAAGUACUCAUGCCGGAUUAUGUUGUUAACAACUACCAUUAGCUGAAGAUUAGUCUCUUGAUAGGAGAGUUGCAGUUAAUUCCUGCUUGUGAAAUGUCAGCCUGAUCUCCUGGCUUAUGUUUAUGCUGAGUCUUCUGAACAUCAGGCAUUUCCUCAUCCAUACAAGUUUAAUUUAGGCAGGAGCUGUCUGGCUCACUGAACUAACCUACUGAAGGCUACGUGACUCUCUAGCCAAGAACUGCGUAUGGCGAAAGAUCCAGCCACAGAUUGUUGAAUGCAGUGGCAGCACAUUGGCAUAAAGUUGAGCAAGUGUCAGGAUCACAACUCGGCAAUGGCAAACAUCAAAUUUUCUAACGUUGUGGCCCCACAGUUUUCAGCUAGAUCAGAUGACUAGAGCCAAUCCCAUGUUCAAGCUGCCUUUAACCAUGAGGAAAGGUGGGAUAGAAAUGUUUUAAUAAGCGUUGCUUUUAGGUGUGCCAUAUAAAAAGCCCUACUUGGUUGGCACAUGGGCUGCCACCUCUUUUCGAUCAGGGGCAGUAUUCAAGUAUGUGUAAACUAUUUUGUUUAGUUCUAGAAAGUUUACAGAUCAGUGUGCUUAUCUUUCCAGUACAUCCUUCCUAUUUGAGAACAGCAUGAUGCUCAGGCUUUACCUAAAAGAUGUUGCUAUUGAUGGGGACAGGCUGUAAAAAGUAUAUAUAUAUUUCUUUAAAAAAAAAAAAAGCUUGCAGCUCAUAUAAAGCCAGUUGCCACAGCAAGACUGCAAGUAAGAAUUAAUGAUCUCUGAGCCCAGUGUGUAUAAACAGGUAUAUGCCUUUUCCCCUAUAGUAAGUUAAUGCCCUAAUACUGGGAGCUCAUCUUCCUGUUUCUGCAAAUGCCACCUUGGCAGCUCUUUUCAUUGUCAGUAGGAUAUGCUUUUGUUUAUUUAUUUUUUAUUGCUGUGGCUCACCUUUGACUCCAGUGCUCAGUUUUAUUUUGGCUUGGCUUACAUUUAACAUGUCCUUUUACGAAGAAAUACAGAACAGUUAAGGCAGUAUCUCUGCACCAGCUUCUGAUAGCGAACAUUGGAGACGUUCAGGUUGUACAGAAUGCUGUCGAGUGGAUGAGUCUGUAAUCCCAGAUUUUUUUGUGGAGAUACCAAAAGAAGCUGUUCAGCCGGGAAAGAGGUCCUCUAACCCAUUGCGUACUUGCUGUCGAAUGGCACACCUCCCGCUGCAGUAAAGAGUUCUCUGACAACCUAAAACACAUACUGUGACUGUUCUAUGCACAGUAUGAUGCACUAGUGCUCCAGGAAGAACCAGAGACUACUUUUUAUAACAUUGCACUGUCUCAAUUCACUUGACUUUUUUUUAAAAUCAGUUUCACCUUUUUCAUAGAAAAGGCUUUUCUGUAUGCUCACUCAAGUCUGGACUGUUCCAAGUUUUCAUAUAGUAGCUUCUGCUAUGGGAGGUUUUUUGUUUUUUAAAAAUUAUGCAGAGUGCUACAUUAUCAUGGCUGUCUUUGCUCUCUCCCUCACUGAGGUAUUGGGGGGACGCAAUAUUGAGAAACUGCCAAAACCUUUCUGGCAUUAGGAGGGGGGAGGGGCAAAGGAAAAAAGCCCUUGAAG